UAAUUUGUUUAAAUUGGCGUUUAUUUGGGAAACGAAUCAGAUGUAGGUAUAAGAUUUGUCUACAUGUUUUAUAAGUAUCCAUGUCCUGUCUGUCUGCAUGUUCUUUAGCAUAAGGAAAAUUCAUGUUGUGCCUGUUGUUGAAGUUAAAAUCUGUUUAUCCAUUCCCUUGGACUCUGGAAAGUUAUUUAUAGGUUUUUGUAGAUCCCAAACCACAUUAGGCGGGGUAGAUCCCAAACCACAUUAGGCGGCGUAGAUCCCAAACCACAUCAGGCGGGGUCGAUGGAAAAAGAUGGAAAAGAUUUCUUGUUUUUGUCAUAAUUGAACAAUUUGGCAGCAAAGUGCGUGCGGCAUGUAAUCUGGCUCGUGUGUCUGGGCUAACCACAGUCAGACAAUUGGCCCGGCACACGAACAUGGCUAAUGAAUGGACAGUUGCACUGCAGUGUGGACAGUACAUUGUGGAUGUUGAUGGCAUUGGGUUGUCCGGGGCAACCGGCUCGCUCGAUGGCGGCCAAUACAAAUUGAGCAGUUAAUUACACACUCAACGGACAGUGGUCAGUGCUGAUAGAAGCGCUGAGGCAAAUGCUGCACAAAAAAUCGAUAAAGCUGCGGCCCAGGCGACAAGGAAAAAUGCAUGUCCAUCAUAUACCACUUGAGUGCCGCUGAAGUAAUCAAGAAAUCAAGCCUGGCAUUUACUCUCAUUAAUGCAACAAAGUGGCGUCCUGUUUCCACUCUUGCAUGGGACUGGUGCGCACUGCAGUUGGCGCUGCUGGGGACAGACAGCCGCCAGAGGAGACUACAGCCUCGGUGAACCAUUGUCCGACCUAUCGACAGAUUGCUGGUGCCACAACUGGAGCCGGUUCGGCGCCGGCCAAGCGUGUUCCCAUACUGUUCUCAACCAAUCGCGGACUUUAUUUGCGUCUUUCGCAAUCUGUUGUCGAUCAGGUGGAGGUGCUGACACUGCAACCACGGGGCCAGAACUACAACAUCAGUUUCUGUGAUCUGGAACGUUGGAGCACUAAUCGGGCUAAUGUUGUGAGUCUGGAGGAUACGUUCACCAUCAUGCAUCAGAGGAAUAUGUCACCGGAGGUGCAUUUGUAUCAGCCGCGGCUAUGGAACAAUCACGUCAGCUACAGCUUGAUGCAUUGA